UAUGGACCAAAAUGAACUUGAACUGUGAAGUACUUCUCGAACUCUCUCGAUUUGGGGAAUUUUCUUCUCCGAUCAAAAUCGAAGAGAUUCAUCUUUAAAAAUCGAAACUUUCGGGUCUACCAUUUUUCCCCUUCUUUUUCUCACAAACCUUGUUUUCAAACAAGUAGAGCAAAACCACCAUGGCGAUUAUCUCUGAGGUUGAAGAGGAAAGCAGCAGCCGACCCUCGAUGUUGCCGUUCAGGGCGACAUUCGAUUCUUCGAACCCAUUAGGGUUUUUGGAGAAAGUGUUUAACUUUCUUGGAGAACAGAGCGAUUUUCUCAAGAAACCAUCCGCGGAGCAGGAGAUCGCCGCCGCGGUUAGGGCGGUGAAGGAGAAGUUGAGGAAAGCGGAGAAGAAAGCUGAGAAGGAGAGUGUGAAGCCUGUGGAGAAGAAGCCGGAGAAGGAGACUGUGAAGCCGACUAUGGCUGCUUCAAGCUCAGAGCCAAAGGAAGUGGAGGAGAAGCCUAAGGAGGAGAAGAAACAAGAAACCGGUCCCAUUGUGGAGUUUUCAGACUUUGAAUCAAGGAUUCAAGAUACUGUUCACUCGUUACAUGUUCUUCUGAGUGGCACUAAAGCACGGUCUGUUGUAUGUGAGAUUAAGAAGAACCGUCUCAAGAUUGGUCUCAAAGGCCAGGAUCCAAUCAUCGAUGGUGAGCUUUACCGAUCUGUGAAGCCUGAUGACUGUUACUGGAAUAUCGAGGAUCAAAAGGUGAUUUCGAUUCUGUUGACUAAGCAAGAUCAGAUGGAAUGGUGGAAAUGCUGUGUGAAAGGUGAACCUGAGAUAGAUACACAGAAAGUCGAACCAGAGAACAGUAAAUUAACUGACCUUGACCCAGAAACUCGCUCCACUGUUGAGAAAAUGAUGUUUGAUCAAAGACAAAAGCAGAUGGGUCUUCCAACAAGCGACGAGCUACAGAAGCAAGACAUUCUCAAGAAAUUCAUGUCUCAGCAUCCGGAGAUGGACUUCUCAAACGCAAAGAUAAACUGAUGCUCGUGUUGUUCCGGUCUCUCUGCCCAAAAACGAAACCAGUUUUGCAUCUUCACCAGCUUGUUUUUAGUUGCACCUUUUAAAAACAUGUUCCUUUUUAUAACUGCUUUUGUUUUGUAUGCUUGAAAGGCAUAGUUCCAUCUCUAAACAAAAUGGUCGGUUUAUGUCACUAAGCUGUAUGGUUCUCUUGGUUUUUCUCAAUUGAAACUGUCUGAAAUCCGAUUUUCUCUAAUUCAUGAUUCAGCUCUUAAACCGGAUAAACUUUGGUUUGGGUUGUACUUCUCUGUUCGAUUA